CACAGAUCUCGCGCUGUCCGCGCUCGUGAAACAAACACAAACCAAAAAGCCCGGCUUCACUGGGAGACACGGCUCGCCUUCACUUUUUUGGGGACAGUAACACCAUGGAUGCCUUGCGAGCAGUCGCCUUUUACACGCUCUUCAUUUUCCUUUGGAGUUUACCGUGUUGCCAGUCAGCUGCGCUUAUAUCGCAGAAAAGGAGCAAGGGUGCCAGGAGCGCGUAUGAUGGGCAAAGGUCACCCAAAUUUCUUAAAGAGAUUUUCGCAUCCUCUCCGGGUGCGGGUCGUCGGGAUGAUUUAAAGGACCCGGUUGUGCCUCACGAUUACAUGAUCUCUAUAUACAGGACUUACUCCGCCGCUGAAAAACUGGGGCUCAAUGCAAGUUUUUUCCGCUCUUCAAAGUCUGCAAAUACCAUAACGAGUUUUGUAGACAGGGGAAAAGACGAUCUCACGCUCUCUCCUUUGCGAAGACAAACGUAUCUGUUUGAUGUCUCAACUCUCUCAGACAAAGAGGAGUUGGUCGGAGCUGAAUUAAGGAUAUUUCGAAAACCGCCCGGGGAUGGCCAGCCGUCCCCAUCAGGCGUCUACACUCUUCAUUUACUCUCGUGUCGAACAGAGAGGCCGUUGGCUUCCAGAUCCCUUGAUCUUUCGGAUUCCCGAAAAGCAGAAUGGGAGGUUCUGGACGUUUGGGGAAUUUUUAAAAGCAGACAUCAAGGGAAUCAGCUUUGUCUCCAGCUCAAGGUUACGCAUGGCAAAUCUGACACAGAAAUUGACCUAAAGCAACUGGGUUUCCUCCGGCACGGCCGAACGCAGCAAGAAAAGGCCAUAUUGGUGGUCUACACGCGGUCUAGGAAAAGAGAAAACUUGUUUAAUGAGAUGAAAGAGAAGAUCAAGUCUCGCGGAGACGAUGAGGAGGAGGAGGAGAGCGCGCUGCAGUUCAAAGCGCGGCGCAGACGGAGAACUGCGCUCAAUAAUCGCCAUGGGAAACGGCAUGGCAAAAAGUCCAAAUCGAGAUGCAGCAAAAAGGCGCUGCAUGUCAAUUUCAAAGAGCUGGGAUGGGACGACUGGAUCAUCGCUCCGCUGGAUUACGAAGCCUACCACUGCGAGGGCGUGUGCGACUUCCCAUUGAGGUCGCACCUGGAGCCGACCAACCACGCCAUCAUUCAGACGCUCAUGAACUCCAUGGACCCCAACAGCACGCCGCCGAGCUGUUGCGUCCCCACAAAACUCAGCCCCAUCAGUAUACUUUACAUAGACUCUGGCAACAACGUCGUGUACAAACAAUACGAGGACAUGGUGGUAGAACAGUGUGGCUGUAGGUAGCGAUUCACACACGAGGGUUUGGCACCAAGGCAUAAACAACUUGAACGAUGCGUAAAGACGCGCUUGAGCCGCCCAAAUUGCGCAUUCUCACCUAUGCAAAAGGGAUUCUUCAUCAGAGACAUUUUUUUUUAUUGACGAUUUAAACGAUCUCCACCGGCCACUGUUCGCGGUUGUGCCAAGAGCGCAUGUACAGUUUCUCUAGACUUGGAACAAAAUUGUGUUUUAGGAGGUUCGUCGUCAUAUUUCCUUACACAUGCUGGGUUUCUUUUUGUAAUUACGUGUCCAAAAACCCUAAAUAUUUCUUUAACGAGUCGUCUCUCGGACGAGGCAGGUAGAAGAAACGCCAGAUUUAGUGCGUAACCGUCUGGACAGGAUUCACUGAGGAUUGUGUUACACCAUUAUCUCUUUGGACUCAGAAGAAUGUGGAGACGGGCACCUGUUCAAACUCAUCUGUUAGUUAUAUGGUUAAGAUACUGUAUGGUAUAUGGAUGAAAAUGAAUGAGUAAAACGCAGUGCCCUGGAAAGGCUUUUUUACGACCACCAGUGCGUAAUUUUCAGGCAUUUUCAGCUUUUGGGAGCAAAGGUGAAUGUACCAAACACUAAAUAAGACAUAAAGCGAUUCUGCUUCAUCCCUACAGAGAGAGAGAGAGAGAGAGAGAGACUGGCUGACUGGCUGACUGAUGCUUUCUUGAGGAGCAUUGGGCAACGUUCUCGAGUAAAUGUUUUUUGAAGUGCCUGGACCUUUCCACAAAAAAUCCACAAAAUGUCAUUUUGUACUUUCUGAGAAGACAAAAAAUGGAAAUCCAUCAACGUUUGCAUCUUUACAAAAUGCACUUCCGCAACUGUCCAAGUAGUCUGGAAGGAGCGUUUUUCCUAUCGACUGACAAGGAAAAAAAGAGACUCGAAAGCGAGAUUAUAUUUAAAUGCACAUUAGCUUUGAAUGCACUGUUGUUCAUUUUAUGAGCUGUAAAUAUUUGUAAAGUAAAACCUAAAGUGCAACGUAUGAAGAAAUGUAAAACCACAUUUCUUUGUUAAUGUACAUUUAUAAAUGCACUCAAAUCGCUAUAAUUUCUAUUCUAUAAUUAUUUUAUUAUUUGUGAUGUACAGAGUUUCAUGAUAAUCGUGUAUUUCUUACGCUGAUAAAACAAAUUUAAUUUAAAAUGUAUUCAUUAUUGCUGAGGGUGGAAAUACCAUUAUCGAUGUCUACCUCAUAAUUGCAUAGAAUCUACGUUCUGAGGUGCAUUCAGCUAGAGUUUAAGGUUUUUCCCAAAUAUAUAUAAAUAUAUAUACAGUAUAUCAAUGGAUAAUAAUCCACACUAUUACUGUACUAAUAAAAAAAAUAAAUGCA